UUGGAACAUACGUGGUGACAAAGUGGGGAAUCUCUCGGGGCUAACCAUACCCCUUGCUCCUCUAUAUAAGUCUCUUGAGUUAGUUUCGUGUCGUAAAACAGCCAUCCGAAUUCAAACUGCUAUCAGCAAUGACUUCUCAUAUUUGUGUAUGGCUGUGGGUAUCCUCCAUUGCAAUCCUGCGCCCCAUCUUCAUGUUGGCUGAUCGGUCUGACAACUACAUCAUCCACAUGGACGUAUCAGCCAUGCCUAAACCCUUCUCCACUCAACACACCUGGUACCUGUCCACCCUUGCCUCCGCACUGAACAGCCCUCAAGUUUCCACUAAUUUUACCUCUUCCUCUUCGAAACUCAUCUAUAGCUACACCAACGUCAUGAAUGGUUUCAGUGCACACAUAACCCAUUCCGAGCUUGAAGCUCUUAAGACCUCCCCUGGCUAUAUUUCAUCAUUCCGUGAUUUGCCUGUCAAACCCGACACAACCCACUCGUCCCAAUUCCUUGGUCUCAAUCCCAAAGUAGGAGCAUGGCCGGCCUCAAACUAUGGCAGGGACAUUAUCAUUGGAUUGGUUGACACUGGCAUUUGGCCAGAAAGCGAAAGCUUUCGAGACCAAGGGAUGUCUGAGAUCCCUUCUCGAUGGAAAGGACGGUGUGAAAGUGGUACCCAAUUCAAUUCAUCACUGUGCAACAAGAAACUCAUCGGAGCUCGAUUCUUCAACAAAGGAUUGCUGGCCGAGAACCGAAACGUCACCAUAGCGGUGAAUUCCACCCGUGACAUGGACGGUCACGGGACACACACGUCAACCACCGCAGCAGGAAGUCAUGUUGAAGGUGCAUCUUACUUCGGGUACGCCUCUGGAGCAGCAAUGGGCAUGGCUCCAAAGGCUCAUGUGGCUAUGUACAAGGCUCUUUGGGAAUCUGGGGCCUACGCAUCUGAUGUAAUAGCUGCAAUUGACAGUGCUAUAACAGAUGGUGUGGAUGUUAUUUCACUGUCGUUGGGGUUUGAUGGGGUUGCUUUGUACGAAGACCCUAUUGCUAUAGCAACUUUUGCAGCCAUAGAGAAAGGCAUUUUUGUGUCCACGUCAGCAGGGAACCACGGGCCAUCUCUUGAAACUUUGCACAACGGAACACCGUGGGCUAUAACUGUAGCUGCUGGCACCUUGGACCGUGAAUUUCACGGGACCCUAACACUCUGCAGUAAUCAUGGAGUUCAACUCCAUGGCUUGUCUCUCUAUCCUGGAAACUUCUCCCCAAGCCAGAACUUUCCGUUGGUCUUCAUGGGCAAGUGUGACAACUUGAAGAAAUUGAUUCGAGUCAGGAGAAAGGCUGUGGUGUGUGAAGAGAAGAACGGAACCCUUGGUGAUCAAGUGGAUAACCUUGACAGAGCAAAAGUUUUGGGGGGCGUGUUCAUAACAAAUAGCCCUGACAUCACAUUUUAUUUUCAGACCAAGUUCCCGUCCAUCUUUAUAAAUCCAGAGAGAGGAGAGAUGAUCAAAGAUUAUAUAAUGAAGAACUCAAAUCCAAGGGCAAGCAUGGCUUUCAAUAUGACGGUCUUGGGGACCAAACCAGCCCCAAGUGUGGAUAGUUAUAGUUCCAGAGGACCUUCACAAAGCUGCCCAUUCGUGUUAAAGCCUGAUGUUAUGGCUCCUGGAACGUUAAUCUUGGCUGCAUGGCCCCAAAAAGUUCCGGCAGCAGAGUUGGAGUCCCAGAACUUAUUCAGUAACUUCAAUUUGCUAUCUGGGACAUCCAUGUCUUGUCCUCACGUCGCCGGAGUAGCCGCUCUUUUAAAGGAAGCACACCCCGAUUGGAGUCCCGCCGCCAUUCGGUCUGCCAUAAUGACAACAUCCGACAUGCUGGACAACACCCUCGGACUCAUCAAAGACAUUGGCGAUGAUUACAGAUCAGCUUCUCCUCUGGCCUUGGGAACUGGUCAUAUUAACCCUAAUAGAGCCCUCGACCCUGGGCUUGUUUACGAUGCAGGAAUUGAAGACUACGUGAAUCUUCUUUGUGCACUGAACUUCACCCAAAAGAACAUUUCCAUUAUUACUAGAUCCUCUUCCAGCAAUUGCUCCAAACCUUCCUUGGACCUUAAUUAUCCCUCAUUCAUUGCUUUCUUUGACGGUGGGGUCACAUCGUCUUCUACCCGUGAUGGGUCCAAAACAGCGAGAGAAUUUAAGAGAACAGUGACCAAUGUUGGAGAGGGGCAAACAACGUACAAGGCAAGCAUUACGCCCGUGAAAGGGUUUCAGGUCUACGUCAUCCCGGAUAAGCUGGUGUUCAAGGAGAAGAACGAGAAGCAAAGCUACAAGUUGAGAAUAGAAGGACCAGAAAUGAUCGACGAGGAUGUAUAUUUUGGGCAUCUUGUUUGGACGGAUCUGAAACACGUCGUUCGAAGUCCGAUUGUAGUGACCACACCUGUCGAAGUAGCUAGGUAGAGCUAACUAAAAAUGCCCCUCUUAUUACUCAAGUCAAAAUUAUAUGCAUUCGCUUCAACAUUAAUGAUCAUUAUAUCGUCGAUCUUAUUUAGA